AUGGGUAGGAAAUCGAGAGCAAAAAUGAACAGGAAUCAGAAAACAAAGCCACCAGAACCGACGGUUGUCGAGGAGAUGCCUCAGGAAGUGGAGGAGUCAACAAGCAAACAAAUCGAACUCAAAAAAGAUGUAGAUAUCAAAAACACUACAUUCGACAGCAUUGAAGGAGUUCUGAGAUGGGUUGAUAGUCAUCACAGAGCUGGCCAAGAAAAGCUAGUGGAAGAAGGAGGAAAAGCUUUGGAGGAGCACAUCAUUAUGAAAUGCAGAACUGAAUUGAACAGAAAGUAUCAGGCAGUUUUCGACACUAUAACGGCGCUUGGCAACGACCCAGCAUCGGGGAAAUAUUCUGAACUGGACGACAUGAAGAUCGUGAGAGAGGAGUUGAAGUCUAUGGGAAUGGCCGAUGAGAGUGAGAACAAAGCAACUUCUUCGUCAGCAGCUAAAGCCCCUAAGAAGACUGCCAACCCAACGACUAAAAAUAACGGCGUCAUACAGAAGGACAUAUAUGCAUGGAUGGAUGAAAAGUUAAGAGUUCCUCCUGAUACUCCGCUUGUGACACAGUUCGAAGAUGUCUCCUUUGGACAGAAAGAAAUCAGAAUCAAUAACAAAACCUAUUCAGUGGGAGUGAGUCGUAUAUGGAACGAUGGACGGACCCCCGGCUACGUUCGAAGAAUCAAUCGCUACAACGGGCUCACUUACGAUUUGGAUCAGUUUGGUGUGCCGAAGCCUCGAACAGCCAAAUACCCUGGUGAAAUUACUAUUGGAACUGGAGAUGGAACUGGCGGUAGUCUCUUCUACGGCGUGCGUUACGAUUACAAAAAUUGUUGGUUAGAAGAGAAGGAAUCGCUUAGGGAAAAAGUCGAAUCUCGUCAUGAGUCUAUUUUACGCCACAAGAAAGUUUGCAAGACAUGCAGAGAAAAAAAGCAAGCAGAUGAUUCCGAGGAUGAAGUGGAGCUGAGUCACGAUGAGCAAGUUGAUGAGAAUACAAAAAACUGUCGGAAAUUCGCCGAAGACUUCAAGUACUUGGAAAGGGAGAUCAUGAUAUUUCAGUGCAUGAUUUGUAGAGCAGAAAAUAUGAAGCCACCUUUCAAAAUGUAUCUGGAAAUAACAAUCAUCACAGAAGACAGCGAGGUGGAUGAAAUCUUUCGCUUUGAAUACAACACCUCCGUGGAUCGGGUGUUCCAGUAUCUCGUCUACACCCUCUUCCAAUUCCCGGACCCGACAACAUUUUAUAUAAAGCGAUUGGGAUUGAACAACUCGAAUCUUCAAAUGUUCUUCCCUCCGGAAUGCAAGCUAGUAUACAAAGAGCUGAUCGUUGUCGGCAAUCUCUUUGACGCUUUUCUAGCACUCAACCCCAUCACUGACGAUAGUCCGUUAGCCCCAAUAAGAUAUUUGGAGCACCAUGGAGUGGAUUGGUUCGAUGACAGUUUCAACCGUCACCCACAAGCUCGACUAGCGAAUGCUCUUGUCAUUUCGAAUUAUGAGUCAUGCGCGUUCCUCCCGCCCCGGUAUUUUCCACGAAACAAAAAAAUCGUGGUUGAAUUCUUGGAUGGAACUGUGGAUAUUGAACGUUUCAAAACCUAUGUGGGUUUCAUGAGAAGUGAUUCGAUGCCAAAAGGAUCGAAACACAUCUUCAAUAUGAAAAAACAGUCAAUAGUUCUUCGUGUGCUCAGGGAGAUCAAGAAAAUGGAAUUCCCAAAGUGUUAUUUAACAGAAAAUGGAGUCGCGUCUUUCAAAAUGGAUGACAGCAAACGAUUGUUGGUUUAUUAUGUGGCUACCAAAUAUCCCGGUAUGAUCGACUAUCAACUCGUAUAUGAAGUCGACGAGUGUGCCUGGGUCUAA